GCUUAUAUAAGUCGCUAAUUCCGUCACACAGAACACUGCUUUCUCCACUUCCAGUUUUCCUUUACUUGCAGCAUUUAAGAAAAGGCAUCUAUCAACAAUCGAAUCGGCCUUUCAAGAAAGAGCUACACUCAAGCUGAAACUAAGGCUACUGGAAAUGUCAGGAAGUGAACCAACUGCAAAUGGGGAAAGCCAAAGAGAGCCCUCUUACUCUAAUCUGGUAAGUACUAUAGAGGAAACACUAGCAGACUUGGAUCCUCCAUUAUCUGCCGAGUGUUGUAUUUAUAAAGUUCCCGAGAAACUCCGCAAGGUGAAUGAAGCAGCUUACACACCUCAGUUCGUAUCCAUUGGACCUCUUCACCACGGUGAAAAAUGUUUAAAGAAGAUGGAAGUCCAGAAAUUGAGAUAUCUAAAGUGUUUUCUUCAAGAAGCUGGAAGCGCCAUAAGGUUGGAAGAACUUGUCAGCUACAUCGAAAAGACAGAACCGAGAAUCCGACAGUGUUAUACAGAGUCCUUCGAUUAUCUUUCAACUGAUCAGUUUGUGAAGAUCGUUCUAGUGGAUGCCAUUUUCAUCAUUGAGUUUUUUCUGAGGAUUCAUAUAGGAAAACUUGUGGCUGAGGAUUAUGACUUCAUCUUGGAAAAACCAUGGAUGCGUAAUGAUAUAGAGCAAGACUUGAUUUUACUUGAAAAUCAACUCCCAUUCUUUGUUCUUAAAGACAUAUAUGAUCUUGCCGUUAAAUCUCGCUCUGUCAUUUUUCCUUCGUUUUUUGAACUAACUCUUCAUCACUUUCGUGGCUACAAUAGCCUGAAUAAAACUUUUCCACAAGAUGUCAAACAUUUCACAGAUUUGCUAAGAUAUUUUCAGCUCCCUCGCUCGCCGAAAUGUAGCCCAAUUGUAAAUUGCUUCUACAAUAUCGUCAAGGUUCUGCGAAAAAUAGUAAUGCCCAUGCAUUUCAUCAACUUGCUGCUAGGAUCAGAAUCGAGGCAAAAACCAGAAAGAGGCACUGAAAAGUAUAAGGUGAGGUGUGCAACCGAGCUACAUGAAGCAGGUGUGAAUUUCAAGGUGAGCAUGAGACGAUGCUUACUCGACAUAAAAUUCACGAACUUGGAACUGGAAAUUCCUUGCAUCAACUUAUAUGAAUCAACAGAAUCUUGUAUCCGAAACCUGAUGGCCUUAGAGCAGUGUCAUUACCCAUUGGAAGCAAAAAUAAGCGACUAUAUAAUAUUACUGGGUUAUUUGAUCAAUACGGCAAAGGAUGUGGAACUACUUGUUCAGAAGAAAAUUUUGGUGAAUUGGCUUGGAGACCAUCAUGCAGCAGCAACCCUUUUUAACAAACUUGGAUCGCAAAUUCUUCAAGUCAAAGAGAACCAUUAUGCAAAUAUUUUCAAACAGCAGAAUGCAUACUGCGAGCUCCAAAGCAAUGUGUUUGCCCUAACUGAUAACUCAAAAAUAAAUGUCAGAAAUAGGCAUAUCAAGACCCCAUGGAGAGGUGCUUCUAUAGUUGCACCAAUUAUACUUGUUGCACUUCUUGUGCUUACUGUUCUGUAACUUGAAAUAAUUCACUUGCAUUUUGUGUCCUCGCUAAUAAUUCCAUUUAUGUUUGUCCAUUUUACUAUGUUCUCCCCCGCUUCUACAAAUAAAAUAUGAUUUUUAAAAGUCAUAUUCUUCCAAUUGUUUUCAUCCAAUUCUAUC